GCAGUGGAGGCGGGGGCGGGGCCGGUCUCACCCGGAAUGAAAACAAACGGCGGCCGCCGCCGCAUCCGGGCACUCGGCAGGUCGCAGCGGAGGCGGUGGUGGCGCAGGAUGGCACAAAAGAAAUACCUUCAAGCAAAAUUGACUCAGUUUUUAAGGGAAGAUAGGAUUCAACUUUGGAAACCUCCAUAUACAGAUGAAAAUAAAGAAGUUGGCUUAGCAUUAAAGGACCUUGCUAAGAAGUACUCUGUCAAGCUAGAAUGCUGUGAAAAUGAAGUAGAAAAUAUAAUAGAAGAAAUACGUUGCAAAGCAAUUGAGCGUGGAACAGGAAAUGAAAAUUACAAAAAAACAGGAAUUGCUACAAUUGAGGUAUUUUUACCACCAAGACUUAAAAAAGAUAGGAAAAACUCGUUGGAGACACAGUUGCACAUUACUGGCAGAGAACUGAGGUCUAAAAUAGCUGAAGCCUUUGGAUUUCAGGAAAAUUAUAUCAAAGUUGUCAUAAAUAAGAAACAGCUUCAACUAGGGAAAACUCUUGAAGAACAAGGAGUGACUCACAACGUAAAAGCGAUGGUGCUCGAGCUAAAACAGUCUGAAGAGGAUGUGAGGAAAAACUUCCAGGUAGAGGAAGAGGAACAAAAUGAGGCAGAACUGAAAGAAAAACAAAUUCAGAGGACUAAGAGAGGACUAGAGAUACUGGCAGAGAGAGCUGAGAUGGUGGUGGAUCCAGAAACUACACCAUACUUAGACAUAGCUAACCAGACAGGCAGAUCAAUCAAAAUUCCCCCAUCAGAAAGAAAAGCCCUUAUGUUAGCUAUGGGAUAUCAUGAGAAGGGCAGAGCUUUCCUGAAAAGAAAAGAAUAUGGAAUAGCCUUGCCAUGUCUGUUGGACGCUGACAAAUAUUUCUGUCAGUGCUGCAGAGAGCUGCUGGACACAGUGGAUAACUACGCAGUGCUGCAGCUGGACAUAGUGUGGUGUUACUUCCGCUUGGAACAGCUGGAAUGCCUUGACGAUGCUGAGAGAAAAUUAAACUUGGCCCAGAAAUGCUUUAAAAAUUGUUAUGGAGAAAAUCAUCAGAGACUGGUCCACAUAAAAGGAAAUUGUGGGAAAGAAAAGGUAUUGUUUUUAAGACUCUACUUGCUUCAAGGUAUUCGAAACUAUCACAGUGGAAAUGGUGAAGAAGCUUGUGAGUAUCUCAACAAGGCACGUCACCUCUUUAAAGAGCUAUAUAUUGACCCAUCGAAAGUUCACAAUUUGUUACAGUUGGGAUUUACUGCCCAGGAAGCCCGGCUUGGCCUAAGGGCGUGUGACGGGAACGUGGAUCAUGCAGCUACUCACAUCACCAACCGCAGAGAGGAAUUGGCCCAAAUAAGGAAAGAGGAAAAAGAGAAGAAAAGACGCCGCCUGGAGAACAUCAACUCUCUGAAAGGAAUGGGCUACUCGACGCACGCAGCCAAGCAGGCGCUCCAUCAGGCCAGCGGGAACCUGGACGGGGCCCUGAAGAUUCUGCUCAGCAAUCCUCACAUGUGGUGGUUAAAUGAUUCCGAGCCUGAAACCAACAACCAUCAAGAAAGUCCUUCCCAGGAAAACGUUGACCAACUGGUGUACAUGGGCUUUGAUGCGGUAGUGGCCAAGGCGGCACUGAGAGUGUUCCGGGGCAACGUCCAGCUGGCCGCCCAGACCCUGGCUCACAACGGAGGCAGUCUUCCUCCUGACCUGCAGCUCUCGGCCGAAGACUCUUCCCCAACGCCAUCCACGUCCCCUUCAGAUUCUGCAGGAACCUCUAGUGCCUCAACAGACGAGGACAUGGAGACAGAGGCCGUCAAUGAGAUCCUGGAAGACAUUCCAGAACACGAGGAAGAUUAUCUGGACUCCACUCUGGAAGAUGAAGAAAUUAUUAUUGCAGAGUACCUAUCGUAUGUAGAAAAUAUAAAGUCGGCAACAAAGAAAAACUAAAUAAUGAACAGAAAUAAGUACUAAGUUUCCGCUUAUAAAUGCUAUCAUUAUGAAAAGUCUAAUGCAGGUCUUCUUUCUUUUUAUCUGAUUUUGCUCCAAGAGUGCGUCCUCCUUGGGUAUAGGAGAAAGGAGCUUCCUCGGGCCUGGCUCGGGCUCUUCUCCUCCGGCCCUGCAUCCCUGACCCGGCUCCCCUGCCUGGUUUUUCUCUCAGCAGCUCGAAGGCGGCCUGCUGCUGGCGAGGGGCCGGUCUCUGGGGAAGGGUAAUGGGGAGGGAGGGCGUCCAGACCCUCCUCCUCCUCCUCCUUUUACCCACUUUCCUGUCCUCCGGCAAUGUCGUCUCUGCUGUGCAAGCCCCAUGGCUUCCUGUGCCACCCCACCCCCAAAUCAUCCUUUAUGCCCACAGCACUUGGAAUGGAGAUUUAAAGAGGGGGCUCAGGCCACGGCAGCCACGUGGUGGCAGGUGCCCUCAGCCUGCAGCGGCAGCGUCGUAGCUCCUCGUUCCGUACGGUGUGCACUUGAAAUUCAGAGUUGAAGGUCACACUUUAUAUGUAUUCAGAAUUCCUCAUUACACAAAAUAUUUUAUUAAAUGGGAAUGUUUUAAAUGUUAACCAAAGCAACUUAUUUUUAAUUAACAUUUUUAGACUCUGCUGUCUUACUGAACUCACUGCUAGCUAAGAGACCUCUCAGAUUUAGAUAUAUUUUCCUCAGGUUUUCUGUGGGGUUUGUUGUUGUAUCUGUAUGGAGAGCCUAUUUCUAAAGACACGUACGUAGCCUUUUACUGAUGGAAAUAACUACUCGUUGCGCCAUGCAUUCCUCUAUAGACGUGUAGUAAUGGAACACCUUGCAGCCAGGUGCUGAGUGGAUCAAGUGCCAGAUGUGUUCUGAGACUUCCUCCCUUCUAGAAGUUGCUGGAAGCUCCUGACUGACAGCAGGGUGGGCUAUGUGUUGCUUUUAGGGGGCUGGCUGAAAUGCUCCAAUUUUUUUCAUAAAGUAUGGACAGUCUGGUUUAGACCAGCAGGAAUACUGUUAUUCUUUUAAAAUGGAUGAUACUGAUGGAAAUAAAAGGUGGAAAAUAUAUUCAACAAUGA